CCGGACGUUAAACAAAGACGUACUGACUGAAGGUUGUGUUGCAGUCAGACUGGUCCGGGUGUUCAGUGGGUGAAAGGUCCCGCCGACUACCGCAGUGGAAGCAGUAACUCAGUAAUUCAUCUCCCCGAGGAAAAGCCGAACUGAGCAGAAAGUAAAAAUGGCCAAACAGCCGCAGCCGAUCAGUCCGCUGAAGAACUUCUUCGCUGGAGGUUUUGGAGGGGUUUGUCUGGUUUUCGCAGGACACCCGCUGGACACCAUCAAAGUGCGUUUACAGACUCAACCCAAACCCAAACCUGGAGAGAGCCUCUUGUACGCCGGAACAAUUGAUUGUUUUAAGAAGACUUUAGCCAAAGAGGGUGUGAGAGGACUCUAUAAGGGAAUGGCAGCCCCCAUAAUUGGAGUUACGCCCAUGUUCGCCGUCUGUUUUUUUGGUUUUGGACUGGGCAAGAAACUCCAGCAGAAAACUCCUGAUGAUGUUCUUACGUAUCCACAGCUGUUUGCUGCUGGAAUGUUGUCGGGUAUUUUCACUACAGCCAUCAUGGCUCCCGGAGAGCGUAUCAAAUGUCUCCUACAGAUUCAGGCAUCAACAGGAGAGCUGAAGUAUGCAGGACCCAUGGACUGUGUCAAACAGCUGUACAGAGAGGCUGGAAUCAGAGGAGUCUACAAAGGCACAGCUCUGACUCUCAUGAGAGAUGUUCCAGCCAGUGGGAUGUAUUUCAUGUCCUAUGAGUGGCUGAAGAACCUCCUCACACCAGCAGGAAAAAGGUGAGUUAACGCUGAGAUACCAGAGGGUUUGAAGGAGCUGCUGCAGGGCUUCACAGUGGAGGUGCUUCGUCACAGGCCUCCUAACUUGGCUGAGUUUGCUGUGCAGCAUUUCACACGAGUUCUGGAGAACCAGAAGAAUGAGCAGCAGGAUGGGACACCCAGCACCACUUCCGCUGGGAAGGAAGGCACGUUUGAAAAUGUUUCAGACAAGUCAGGUGAAAACGAUGAAGAGGAGGAGGAGAAGGAGAUUCCCAGAUUCACUAGAAACAAACCUCGCAGGGUUGCAGUUUGUGCUGAGGCAUAUGACCCUGAUGAUGAUGCAGACGAUAACUCAGAGCCUCAGGUUGUUCAUCCCAAAACAGACGAGCAGCGUCAACGGCUUCAGGAAGCAUGCAAAGACAUCUUGCUGUUCAAAACUCUGGAGAAGGAGCAGUUCUCUGAGGUGUUGGAUGCCAUGUUCGAGGUGCUGGUCAAACCUCAAGAGCACAUCAUAGACCAAGGAGACGACGGGGACAAUUUCUACGUCAUAGACAGAGGAGUGUACGAUAUUUUGGUGGAAAAGGAUGGAGCAGGCGUGUGUGUCGGAAAGUAUAACAACAAAGGGAGUUUCGGGGAGCUGGCUCUCAUGUACAACACUCCUCGAGCUGCUACAAUCGUCGCAACAGAAGAGGGCGCUCUGUGGGGUUUGGAUCGAGCCACGUUUCACAGGCUGAUUGUAAAAAACAACGCAAAGAAGAGGAGGAUGUAUGAGGCCUUCAUAGAGUGUGUCCCACUUCUUAAGUGUCUGGAGCUCUCCGAGAGGAUGAAGAUUGUUGAUGUUUUGGGAGCUCGAGCGUUCAGUGACGGAGAGCGGAUAAUCGCACAGGGCGAGAAGGCCGACUGUUUCUACAUUGUGGAAUCAGGAGAGGUGAAGAUAAUGAUCAAAACCAAAACGAAGGCUGGCCAGCAGGAUAACAUGGAAGUAGAGGUGGCCCGUUGCUCAAGAGGUCAGUACUUUGGAGAGCUAGCGCUGGUCACCAACAAACCUCGUGCAGCGUCGGUCUACGCCGUGGGCAACACCAAAUGUUUAGUAAUCGACAUUAAGGCUUUCGAGCGCUUGUUGGGACCCUGCAUGGACAUCAUGAAGAGGAACAUCUCCCAGUACGAACACCAGCUGGUGGCCUUAUUUGGCUCAAGUGAUGAUUUGAAACACUAGGUUUUUGAUGUUAUUUUGAAUCACCCCAAGUUGUUCCCAACAGAUGUUUGUUCUAAAAUAAAACCAACCAUUAAACUGAGUUUUAAG